UUGAUCUCUAUCCGUCUCUCCCUGGGCCUGAACGGGCAGAGCUGGCUUCGACCUGGCGCAGUAGAGGCGGACUGGUGGCAUGCUCAUCUCUCACUCUGCAUGCUAACCCUCAUGUUCUCCGUACUCUUCACUCUCUUCCCCAAGAGAAUGCCGCAGUUCAAGGAGAUUGAAAGUCAUGAUACUGAAUUCUUGUCAUCACUUCGUCGCGUUCUCUGCAACCGUUCGCUGAUGCUACAGACGCUGGCACUGUCUUUACUACACGCUGGUCUGUUCGGCUUCAUCAGCUUUGAUACGGAGUACGUGCAAGCCCGCUACCACAUCGAGAGCCUCCGCAACGACCCUCGCACCAGUCGUGCCAUCAAUGACAUCUUCAGAUCUCUUGUCAUCAUCUUCUUUGUUACUGUAUUUAGAUUCCGUUUCUCCAAUCGUCGCAGUGACGGUGUGAAAGCCAACACCGCGUCCCGAGUAGGUGGCGUUGUAGCGGUGUUUGUGUGCGCGUUCUUUGUGGUGGUGGCGGCGCUGGGCUGCGGUGUCGGGGGACGAGACAUCGCUGGUAUGAGAGAUGUGUAUACGCAGCCGGCUUGCAGUGCACAUUGCGGUUGUAACACUGCAAACUACGGCUUCAGUCCAGUGUGCGCAGUGGACACGCACACCACGUACUUCUCGCCGUGCGACGCCGGCUGCGAACAGUACGAGGACCUGAAUGGAUUUGUAUUGUUCGAGAACUGCACAUGCGGCAUGCAGCGCGCCAUACGCGGUAGCUGCAGCGUGGCGAGCUGCCAGUCCACUUAUUCAUUUUAUCUCCUCUUCUUCGCUCUCACUCUGGCAGGCGCUGGAGCAUCAAUAACAAUGCAAGGGAUGGUGGUACUGAGGUCGGUGCGACGCCGCGACAAGCCGCUGGCGCUGGGCGUCUCCUGCGCCAUCAUUGGCUUACUGGCACACCUCUUGGGUCACCUCUUCUACAUGCUAAUAAGUUAUUUAACAUGCGCGUACACAGAAAAUGGCGUCUGCAUCUUCCAUCAUCCAACGAUAUGGUGGAUGGCGGCGUCCAGCGCCAUCUUGUGCGUGCUCUCGGCAGCUGUCAGCCUGCUAACUAGCAGAAUCCCGCCAAUUCCAGGAGUCUUUUUGACAGCAGAUCAUAAUGGAAGCUGACAAUAAAAUAUUAUUUAUAAUA